AUGAAUUUAGUACAUUUUGAUUCCUUGUGCAAUGAUUGCUGUUUCUCAACAACAUUAGAAAGUAAGCAAUUGGCUGAAUAGUCAAUUUAUCAGUUCAUAGAAGAUAUAAGAAACAUUGAUAUUAUAUGUCAGAUUAUACAAUAAACUCAGUCAGGCUCGACUUUGUUUGUGAUAUCAGAAUAUAUAGCUAAGAUUGUGGUUUCUGAAAGGUCUUUCAAGGGAUUCUCAUCUUCUGAUCGUAGUUUAUCAGAAGGGUAAUUAAUUGUGGGAUAAUUCUAAUAUAGGGAAGAAAACGAUGUGUUAUCUAAAAAAUGCAGAGUCUAUGAAACUUUGGUUUAACUAUUUUGUGCUAGUCUUUAAAAGCAAUAAGAAAAUCACGUAUAAAAUUCAAUCUGUAAUUUGGUGGGUUUGUUGAUUCAGCAAAUAAUGAUGUUUAGUAGCAACCAAUUCUCAAAGUUCAAGUUAGUUUUUAACUCUUUUUUUCAAGGGAAUCAACCUUACCUCCUUUCUAUAGGUUUGAAAUUAGUGUAGCAUGUUUUAUAGAAUUUACAACUUUAUUCAUCCUAUGACUCUUAUGUUUCAUAUAGGAAAAUAAUGUUUUAGUUUUAAAAUAGCGAUAUUCUAGAUUUUAUGUCUACUGUUUGUACAGUGCUGAAAUAAUGCACUUAAAAUCUCUAUAAGCCAGCCUUAGCCUCACUUAAAGAUAUUUUGAUGUUCAAUUUUAAUGUGAGUUACUUCGAAUUAGAAUCAGAUUUUGAUCCGAAUGAUCAAAACAAUGUUAGCUUUCCUGAGAAAUUUGCUGAGUUUUUUAAUGAUAGGUAAUUGGUGGAACUUUUAUUUAAGAUUGUAGCAUUAUACAGUUAAAGCGACUCCUCUUUAGCCCUGUUAGCAUUGAAAUCUCUGAAGAGAAUGGCUUCUUCAAAGAAGAGAAUUUUUACAGAGAAAAUUAAAAAAAGAUUAUUUGCUAAGGAAAUGUAUUAAGGUUGUAUUUUCCUUUUUGAAAAGGUAUAAUAAGCUAAUGAGGAAAUUAUAAGUGAUAUAUUGGAGUUAAAUACAAAAUUAAACAAUUGCUUCGGUUUGAGAUAGAUUAGAUUUGAUUUUACAUUUAGUUAACAAUGGUUAUAUUCUUUAUAAACAUUUUGUGUUUAAAUCUUACAAAAAUAAAUGAAAAUUAAGGAUCCUCACAUGUAUUAGAUGAUAGAAUUGAUGAAGAAAUUAGUCAAAUUUAUUACUGACUUCAAAUUGGAUAUUACAUUUAAAUAAUCAAUCUCUAAGGCAAUAUCGGAAAUAAGCAAGUCUAUAAUUCAUUUAUUAUUGAAUUCUCAAAACUCCUUUUUUUAAGGUUACACACCUUAGAAUCAUAAAAAAUUAAAGCAUACUUUAAAAGAAUUUUUUGAAAAUCUUUUUCCAAUUUUAUCUAUAGAUUUAACUAGUCACAUUAAGAUGAUUUAUCAUUCUUUUAAGAAUGCAGCUUAAGAUUAAGAAAAGUUCAUUAUUGAAUUAAGUUUAAUUAAUUACAUUGUAAUAAAUCCAUAAAUUUUAGAAAAAAACAGUGAAGAAAUAGUUUAAAUGAUAUAAACUGUAAUUAAAGAUUCAUUAACCUUCCUAUAAGUUUCUACUCAUAAUUUACCUCCCUUAGUUAUUAUGUCUGCUAUGUCUUUGGCAGAUAACUUAUUUUAAUUUGCUCUUAGUGAAUCAGAUGAAUCAAUUGGUAGAUAAAGAUCAAACAAAGCCUUUUUUGAUAAUUUCAUCAAGCCAAUUCAGAUAUAACCCUAAUAAGCUACUAAUCAAUUAUUGUAAUUCAUAAUUUUACAAUUGCAAAUUGAGAACAAAGAAAUUAUAGAAUAUGCCUUAGUAAUUAUGAAGGAAACAAUUGUUCGACUCAAACAUCAUUUAUAUAACGAAGCCUUUUAAAGUUCAAAUGUUGUAACCUAAAUUAAAGGCGUCCUAUUAAAUCUUAAGAAUACUGCUUUAUAGAAGGAUACAUUUUUAAGUUGUCGAACUUUAGCCUCUGAAAUCCUGUCAAUUUUAUUGUUUGACACUGCCUAUGAGAACUACAUUGAAUCAAUAAUCUAAUUAAAUUAGUUUUUGACAAUACAACCAACUCAAUAAUCAAUUUUAAUAUAUCUAUAUGAAAUGUUAGGUUACUUCAGACAUGUUGAUACUAGCAAAAUAUUUAGAUUACUCAUUAAAUAACAUCUAUUAAAAAUAGCUGAAUUGACCAGAUUUAUUUUAAUAGACAAUCCUUAACAAUUCCAAAUGUGUAAAUUAUGUCUAAAACUAAUGGUUGCCAUAACAGAGAACAAGAGUCUGAGAUAUUAAUAUCAUAGUUCCUCUGUAGUUUAAAUUGAAUUAGUCAGAACAUUUUAAGGUAUAUUGACAAGUUACUUGUAACAUUUAAUAAAUGCCAUAUAAGAUGAAAAAGUCAAAUAGGAAUUCUCAGCAGAGAUUUGCAGAUUGGUGGGAUUAAUAUUUAAAAUUAUGAAUAACAUCCUUAAAGGUAAAUAUAUUUCUUAAACAUGUUAAUUGCUCUUUGCUGACAGAAAAUAUUUAGACCUACUCAUAACUUCAUUAGAAAUAACAUCAAAGAUCUCAAAUUAUAUCAUUAUGUACAAUAAAACAUGUUUACAAGUAGUCUAAGUGUUGUAAGUAGUGAGUUCGUCACAACUGCAGUUAUUUGAAUUGAAUCCACAAUCACUGUCUACUUUAAUGGUUAUAAUUGAAAAUUUACAAAAACACUUGUUGCGCCAACUCUCACAAGAAUAUAAGACUUCAACUAUAUCCACAUAUCACCAGCCUUUGGAUAAAGUUACUUUGGAUCAUACAACAGACAUUGUUUUAUCAAUACUAGAAUUUGUAUCAGAGGAACAAUAAUUGACUUAGAUGGGCAUUUUAUAAUCGUUUGUUUAGCCUUUAGAUCCUAUUAUUGAACUUAUUUUGUAAGAAUUACUACUGUGCUUAAUUAAGGGUUAAUGUUCACAACAAACCAACCUCAAAAUCACAAGAUAGGUUUUCGCUAUUAUGUGCACUUUUCAAUAAGUUUUUGUUGCAAUUUUAAGCAAAGUCUUACUGAGAUCUGAUUAAUAAUUAGAUGCUUCUUAACUACAAAUUUUAACAUAAGAUCUAGACCUAAGGAUCAAACAAUAAAAUGAAGAAUAAUUUAAAAAAAACUUCAAUCUAUUUAUGAAAUAAUUUGGAAUUUGAGAGUAAUGAUGUUUUUAUUUUGUUAUUAAAUA